AUGUCAUCUACACCUACAUUAAUCGGUAUGCCCGAACCGCCAUCGACUGUCGAUACUCCAACCGAUGCACCAGGAACUCCCAACUCAACAACCACAUCCCUCUCCGCUCUCUCCACAACCGCCAUCAAAGAUGGACAUCGCGGCUCUGCCCACCCUACCGCAAGUUCUCACCACCAACACACCCUCUCUAGCAAUACUCUCGAAGCACAACGCGCGGAUCGAAUUUCCCGUCUGGCAGGACUUGAACGAGUCACCACCGCGACCCCUCAAAACCCCAGCGGUAAUACUUCUGUCCCCACAACCGGUCAGAUCCCGGGCUAUUUCGAUCAAGCCGGAAACCCCGUCUAUACAACUCGCAUGUCUACCGUCGGUUCCGCAUCAGCAACCGGAUCUCUCACCGGUCGAACAACCACAUGGGCAUCCAAUAGCACGAAGGGACAAACGGAAGCCGAUGAUGAUGAAAUGAGCAUGGAUAACAACUUCCGGGAAAUUGAUGAUCGGGAUCGAUUUUCCGCAUCUGCUAUGGAUGAAGAAGGCAAUGAGGAUGGAAUGAGCGACGAUACGAGCUUAGUCGGUUUUGGCGAAGGAGCCGGAAGUACCGUCAGCGGACCAAUAUACAGCCGGAGUAAUCUUCUCGCGAGCCCCCUCACCGUAGGAAAAAGCGGUCUAGCAAAAGAAGUCUCAAGCAGCAAUCCCGGAACCCCCGUCAGCGCAUCGACAUCGACAACCACCGAGCAACAGAAACGCGAUGCGAGAAUGCUAGAUGGAAUCACUGAUGAUAACACAAGUGGAUAUGUAGACACGGCUGCGCGGGGUCAAGGGGUAGGAAUUGCCGGAAAUCGCAAUUCGACCGGUUCGGGAUUGGGUACGGGAGUGGGUGCCGAAGCUGCCGAAAAGAUUCUGAAAGAGAGAAUUGAGGAUAGUCCUUCUGCGGCGAGUAGACCACCGCUUGGUAGUCCCGAUCAAGCUGGUCUUGGAAAGUUCUACUUCGAGGAAAAGAAAUGA